AUAAAAAAAAUAAAUCUUCAAGGACUGAGGAGGAAGGAACUAACCAUUAAUGAAAUAAGGAUCAUGGAGAGGUGUAGGAGUCCCAAUGUUGUGAAAUAUUUAGACAGCUACCUUGUGGGCGAGGAACUCUGGCUGGUUAUGGAGUACAUGGAUGGAGGCGCUCUGAGUGAUAUCAUCUACAAGACCUGCCUGUCUGAACAUCACAUUGCAUCCAUCAGUCGGGAGUGCCUGCAAGGACUGCAUUUUCUUCACUCAAACCAUGUGAUCCAUCGAGAUGUGAAGAGCGACAACAUCCUUCUCAGAACCGACGGUUCUGUCAAGCUGACUGAUUUUGGCCUCUCUACUCAGCUCACCCCUGAGCAGAGCAGACCGUGCUUGGUAGCUGGGACUCCGUGGUGGAUGGCACCUGAAGUGGUCACAGGUCAACCAUAUGGCCCCAAAGUGGACAUAUGGUCUUUUGGAAUUGUGGGGAUUGAAAUGGUAGAAAAAGAACCUCCUUACUGGGACCAAAGUCAUACCUCGGUGCCAUCCACCACGGAGUCCCAGCUACCAAGCACGGUCUGCUCUGCUCAGGGGUGCAGGAAUUGUGUCCCAGCCAAAAACAUCAAACCAUAUCGCACCCCAGAACGUGUUGACGAGUCCAAAACCGAGGAAGCAAGUACAUGGACGUGA